AUGCCACCCCGCAACACCCGCGCAAACAUAUCCUUCACCGUGGACUCGGCCUCGGAAGAUGAAAUGGCGCGCGACACGUUCCCGACGCCCGACUCCAACACGGAAAACAAGGAGGCGAGACGAGGGCGCGGCCGGCCCCCCGCGAAAGCAGCAGAAGCUAGUACGAAGACGAAAGCGGCGACGAAGAAAGCGAAACCGGCGGCGCGUCGGGCUAGCGGUGGGAGCGUGCUGGGUGUUAGGAAGCAGGGGGCGGGGGUUGCGAAGAAGAGCGGGCAUAGGGGGCGCGCGGAGCGGAAGGUGGAGGGUGUGAGCGAGACGGAGGAGGUGGAUGAGUUUGAUGGGGAGGUUGCGCCUGUGGAGGAGACGAAGCCUGUUACGAGGAGGGGGAGGCCGGCGAAGGUGAAGAAGGCGGAGGAGGAAGAGGAAGAAGAAGAGAAGAAGACGAGUGUCGCUGUGGCAGUAGAUCCAUCUAGGAGGACGCGCAAGGCAGCGGAACCGGCGAUAGCGACGAAAAAGAACGCAGCGAAAGCGAAGUCGAGCACGACUUCGAAAACCUCGAAACGCGCGCCCAAAGAGGAGCCGAAACCUGAGCCGGAGGAGGCAGAGAUGACGAUCCAGGAGACACAAGCGGAGCCAGUGCCACCUGAGCCCAUGGAUAUUGAGGACUCGAUUGAAGCGCUGGAUGAGAUACCGGAGUCCAUGCCACCGCCCCCGAGAUCAACCGCACGCCGGCCCGUACAAUCUCGAUCGCGCCAACCGUCCGCUGGACCCCGUCGAGCGGGGAGCGUGUCAGACACGGAGCGCGGCGACCCGGCGCUGAGGCGGAAAGUGGGCGAUCUGACCAAGAAGCUGGAUGCCAUGACGGCGAAGUACGAGAACCUCAGGGAGUUGGCGACUUCGCAGCGGGAAUCGAAUUUCGAGCAAUUGAAGCGGCGAACGGAGCAGGUUGCUAAGAACCAAGACGGCGUCAUCAAAGCCUUGAAGCAGCAAGUAUCAGACAUGCAAUCGCGCUCCACGGACCUCUCUGCAGCGAAGAAAGAACUCGCCAAACUGCAAAAGGAGAAUUCGCGGUUAGAAGCCGAGAAUAAAACGCUGACGGCAUCCCUCGAUGGCGCGCAAAAGGAAAUCAAAACCCUGUCGACGAAACUCGCCGCUGCCAGAUCGUCUGCUCCCACGGACAAAGUAGUACCAGGGAGCGCGGUCAAAGCAGCGCGUCCUACGGGCGUGGUGCUUCCCGGGGCAGUCGAAGCGGCCAAGGAGGCGCAGCAGAAACAGCUGAAGCUUGAUUUGUACAGCGAUUUGACCAAUCUGGUGGUGCUGAAUUGUAAGAAAGGUGAAGAAGGGGAGGAUGUGUUUGAUUGUCUGCAGACGGGGAGGAAUGGAACACUGCACUUCCAACUCUCCAUCCUCAACGACGAGGAAAACUACGGCGACGCCCAGUUCGUGUAUACCCCGCUGCUGGACGAGAAGCGCGAUGCGGGGCUGUUGGACCUGCUGCCGGAUUAUCUGACGGAUGAGUUGGAGUUCCCUAGGAAUCAGGUCGCAAAGUUUUAUGAGAAGGUAGCGGGGAGUAUGAGUCGGGCUGUGGAGCUUGUCGAGUAG